AGCAGCAGCCCGGCCACAGCGCGACUCCCGACGGGGACUCCUGCGGCUCCCUCCCUUUCUGUAUAUUUCCGCCGUUCCGGUGAUUCCAGGAUUCAUUCAUCUGUGUCAGGGCUGCAGCUCGGUUUUCUCUGACAGCAUCUCACCAGUCCUCUGUCCACCCAGCUGUGCUCGGCCCUCCUUCUAAUCCAGCUGCGCGUCGUGUGCGGAUCUCCAUCUCAGAAGGUCAAACGUCCUUUUCGUUCCGCGGACCGAACUUUUUCUGCCCCUUCCUCCCCAGCUGAUCCGCAUUUUCCCUCGCCGAGGGUUGUAACUCCAAUCAGCGGGAGCUGUUGCUGUUUCCUCCUGCACGGUUUAGAGGAUGGUUGGCUGAACUCUGAGCUCACUCACUGGCUCGCUGAGCUUUGCUGGUUGCAGCUGCUGUCAUGGCCAAAAGCCCCGAGGUGAAGCUGGCUGUCUUCGGCAAAGCGGGGGUUGGCAAGUCAGCUUUGGUGGUGAGGUUUCUGACAAGGCGCUUCAUCUGGGAGUAUGAUCCAACACUGGAAUCAACGUAUCGUCAUCAAGCCAACAUUGACGAUGAAGUUGUCACCAUGGAGAUCCUGGACACGGCAGGCCAGGAGGACAUCCAGCAGAAGGAAGGUCACAUGCGUUGGGGUGACGGAUUCAUCAUUGUCUAUGACAUCACGGAUCGGGGAAGCUUCGAGGAGGUAGCCCCUCUUCGAACACUUCUAGAGGAGGUGAAGAAACCGAAGAACGUCCCUUUAGUACUGGUGGGCAACAAGUCGGACCUGGACCACAUCCGUCAGGUCACCACGGAGGAAGGGGAACGACUGGCGGCUGAAAUGGCAUGUGCCUUCUAUGAGUGCUCGGCCUGUGCCGACGAGGGCGGCGUCGUGGCCGAGGCCUUCCACGAGCUAUGCAGGGAGGUGAGACGCCGCAAAGCUGUCCAGGGCAAGGCCCGGCGUCGCAGCUCCACCACGCACGUCAAACAAGCCAUCAACAAGAUGCUGACCAAGAUAAGCAGCUAGGGAAGAGCAUCGCUGACGUCUAGUGAUGAAAUGAAAAUAUGUAUAUUUUUUUCUCAUGGAAAUAAUUGGGCCAAUUUCUGGCUGCAAAGUGAUUGACGUGUGACUGAUUUAUAGCAGGGUGUCCUUGUUCUCUGAUUGAUUUCCACACAAAAAAAAAAGCCAGCAGUGAUAUGAGUCGUCUAUUUCCAGCCACUGCUGGGAAGUUCUUGACGUGUUCUUAUUUAAACUUUAAGCUACUUCACAAUAAAAUAAUUUAGUGCACAGAGACAUGUUAACUUCUUAACAUGACGCAUCAGUUAUACAAUAAAGCUAGGCAUGGCCUGGUAUUAGAUAUUCCUGGUAUGUGCAGAAAUAUGACAAUUUUACAGAAUUCACAAAAAAAAAAUGGAACGAAAAAAAAUGUAUAAUGAGAAAAAAAGUUUUACACUCAAAAUGCAGAAUUACCAGUUAUACCUACUGUGAACAGUGCUACUUUAGUUAGAAUUGGAAGAGGCACUUCUUUACCUUGCACACCAUGACUCUCUGUGUCAGCUGAAUUUCUCAUUGUUGGAAAUAAGAAGAGAAGUCCACCACCUGACGGACAGUGCAGAGAGUCAUUCAGGGAAGCAUCAGCCCUGUGUUACUAAACUCCAGAACUUCUCUAGAAUCUCGUCAAGAGAACUUUGAUCUGUAAAAAUGGUGAGACGGAAUCCUUUAGUGGUUUAAAGCUUGAUAUAUCGAGACUUUUGGCUUUUAUCUGUCAUUAUUCUCUCUUUAACUCCCUUUAAAUUACUGUGUAAGCUGAGAGAUCACUGAAACGGAUGCAUGCAUGAAAUCACAUGUAACAUGCAUGGAAUCUAUGAUCAAAAGUCACUUUAUUGUAACCCAUCUGUAGGGGAUACAUGUGAUCUGCUUCAACCAACACGGGGGAACCGUUCUGUCAACAAUGGUACAAAAAAACCCAACGACGUUAAGUUCAGAGGAGUGUUGCUUGAUGAGGAUGGACCCAGUGUUCUUCAUCUGUGGCUUGCCUACUAAAAGGGGUAGAAUGGUGUUGUCUCCACCUGGGAAACCAGCUUUCUAUUAAAAAUGGCUUAGUUCUAUUAAAAUCAGCUGUUCUGCAUUGGAUUCUCAGGCCCUCUGUGUUUGUCUGGGACACACCAAAACAGAGGUCCGGAUCAUGUUGGAGCUCAUGACCGUAGGUUAUUGUUGUUUUCUGUAAAUAUACAAAGGGAAGCAACGCUUCUAAGGAUAUCCUUCUGUUUAUACUGCAAACAGUAUCUAUUAUAUAAUACACAGCCCUAAGCACUGCUACAGUGAGGCCAAAGCUGUCCACAGUGGAAGAUCCUGUAACUGUUUAAAUGUAAUGGUUGUUUGCUGUCUGAUGAUCAUAAACAAACAGCCGUGCACUUGGAAUUAAACGCUGAUGUAUCCAACCUG